AUGUCUACCGACAACGGCAACUCUUCCACUCUUGGCUCCAUUGCCAACUCGGCCACUGGUAUGGCCCAACGCGCCUACGGUGCGGUGGCUGGUGACUCCUCUACCCAGAUCAAGGGUGAAGCUGCCCAGGAGCAAGCCAAGGCUCAAAACGAAGCUUCCCACACAACCGCCAAGCUCGGCCCCAUCACCGCAGACCCCAACACCGGCGCCGUCGCUCAAGAUGACCCCAACCGUGCCACCGGCUCCUGGGACCAGACCAUGGGUUCUACCAAGGAAGCCAUUGGAAACGUGAUCGGCAACGAGGGCCUGCGCCGCGCAGGCGCUGAACAAAACGCCGCUGGCAAGGAACAAGAGGCCAAGGGUCAACUCAAGGACUGGGGUAGCGGUAUGCAGAACCGUGCUCAGGGUACUCUUGGCUCGAUCGGUGCGGCUGUUGCUGGAGACCGGGAGGAGGAGCAGAAGUUCCGCGAUAUGCAUGAUGAGGGCAAGACUCGUCAGCGUGGUGCUGAAGCUGAUAUUGCCAAGAAGCAGGGUGUUUAA